ACGCUAGGCUUCAAAAACAACGUCGUGACCAACGUGUGAAGGAACCUCCGACUAUUCAGGGAGCCGAUUGGCCCCGCUCGCCGACGAAUGACUGAGCGGCAACUCGCCGACCAAUGACUGAGCGGCAAGAGUGCGGCGAGCCUCUGGCUGGCUACUUAAGCGGGGGCGGAGCGCAGGUCGCCCCAGAUGAUUCUGCUUCAGCGCCUCUAAUUGCGCGGAACACGUGAGGCCUCACGCAGCCAUGUCUAGCGCCAACGCUUCCCCACCAAGCUCGUCGGUGGCCCCAGUCCCGGAAAGGAGGCCGGCGGAAGACCAGACCGGAGGAGGUCGGAGAGGGAGUCGGGGCGGCCGAGGGGUCGGCUGCAGGGAGCCCUCUGGCGUCCAGGAGGCUGUGGCCAGGCGUCGCUGGGAACCGCCGCUCCGCUUCGCUGUGAGGAGCGACCUGGUGGACGCGGUGGUCGGUCGUGGUGGAUCAAAAAUAAGAGAAAUCCAAAGUACAACGAAUACCAAAAUACAGAUAAUAAAAGGAAAUCCCGAGGCAGAAGUCAAAGUUUUUGGCAACAAGGCAAUGCAGACAAAAGCAAAAACAAUGAUAGAUAAUGUUAUUAAAGAACAAGAAAGUUACAGUCAAGAAUACAGAGUUGAUACUGUUGUAUUCCAACCUUCUGUUGGAAGAGAUGUAAGCACAAAUCAUAAUGUUACAGAAGAUCCGCCAUUGAUAAAUUGGGAUAAAAUUCGAGAGGAUGCUUCAAAAUGGGAGAAGAAAAAGUGGGCAGAUUUACCUCCAGUUAAGAAAAACUUUUAUGUAGAGUCGGCAACAACAAGGGCAAUGUCACAAGUGCAAGUAGACAACUGGAGGAAGGAAAAUUUUGAUAUAACAUGUGAUGACUUAAAAAAUGGCGAGAAACGUCCUAUCCCCAGUCCUACCUGUAAAUUUGAAGAUGCCUUUCAGUGUUACCCUGAAGUUAUGGAAAACAUUAAAAGGGCAGGUUUUCAACAGCCAACACCAAUUCAGUCCCAAGCAUGGCCAAUAGUACUCCAAGGAAUAGAUCUUAUUGCAGUAGCACAAACUGGAACGGGGAAGACUCUGUCCUAUUUAUUGCCUGGAUUUAUUCAUCUAAACUCUCAACCACUAGCUAGAGAAAAAAGGAAUGGACCAGGCAUGUUAGUCCUUACACCCACUCGGGAACUGGCACUUCAGGUGGAAGCUGAAUGUUCUAAAUAUUCAUAUAAAGGUCUUAGAAGUGUCUGUAUAUAUGGUGGUGGAGAUAGAAGUGGACAAAUACAAAAUGUUUCAAAAGGUGUAGACAUCAUCAUUGCAACUCCUGGAAGAUUGAAUGACCUACAAAUGAAUAACUUUGUCUGCCUGAAAAGUGUAACCUACCUGGUUUUAGAUGAAGCAGACAAGAUGUUGGACAUGGGCUUUGAACCCCAGAUAAUGAAGAUUUUGUUAGAUGUGCGCCCAGACAGACAGACUAUUAUGACAAGUGCUACUUGGCCGUGUGUUGUCCGUCACCUUGCACAAUCUUAUCUGAAAGAGCCAAUGAUGGUGUAUAUUGGUACUUUGGAUCUAGUUGCUGUAAGUACAGUGAAGCAGGAUAUCAUUAUCACCACAGAGGAAGAGAAAAUAACUCACAUCCAAACUUUCCUAGAGAAUAUGUCACCUAAAGACAAAGUUAUUGUCUUUGUGAGUAGAAAAGCAGUUGCUGAUCAUUUAUCAAGUGACCUGAUUCUUCGACAAAUGUCAGUAGAGUCUUUGCAUGGCAAUAGAGAACAGAGCGAUCGAGAAAAAGCGUUAGAGAACUUUAAAAAAGGUAAAGUGAGAAUACUCAUUGCUACCGACUUGGCGUCUCGAGGUCUUGAUGUCCAUGAUAUCACACAUGUCUAUAAUUAUGAUUUUCCACGGAACAUUGAAGAAUAUGUUCACAGAGUAGGGCGCACUGGAAGAGCAGGGAGGACCGGCAUGUCAAUUACCCUUAUCACAAGAAAUGACUGGAGGAUUGCCACUGAACUGAUUAAUAUCCUGGAAAGAGCAAAUCAGAGUAUUCCAGAGGCGCUCAUCUCAAUGGCUGAGAGAUACAGAGCAAAUAAACUGAAAAGAGAAGUGGGAAAAAAAAUAGGAAGACUUCAAGGAAAGCCCCAGAAGUUUUAUUAGCACUGUAGCAUUCGCCUACUAGAGGCAGGAGGCAGAUCUUGUCCAGCAGAUGGACCAAUUCCAGUGAAAAGAGGAGAGCCUGGAGCAAUGUCUGGCCACAGUGAAGGUUAUGCUGAAGGGCAAAAAAAGCUCUGCUUCCUCCUGGAUCGUAAGUCCCAAUCACUGGGAAGGUCCUUUAGUGCAGUAAAGACUCACUAUCUGACAAGAGAUGGAAAUAGAGCAGCCCUUGGCCCAAGGAUCAGGGAGGCCACCUAGAUCUAUACACAAUGUGUACAACCUAUACAGCUUUGAAAUUGUGGGAGCUAGCACAACAAAGCAAAAGGUGAGUGAGAUAGUGCCUGCAUGGCUGUUAUGGCUAUGGGACAAAGGGCUGAUAACAUGGAGUUAAACCCCUGGGAGAUGUCCCAGUUACCCAGCACAGCAGCACCCCCUCCAUGUGCUGAGAUUUGCAAGGUGCACAGAAAAUGGCCUACAGAGCCGGUGACCAGACCUUGAUAAAUUGGCUGAUGGCAGCAGCCCAUCUGGUUUGGGCAAACCCAGGAGACUUGCUGAAGCAAGUCACUAAGUAUGCAACCUACCUGGACUUAGUAGCUGUGCUCCAAGGAAUGAGUAUGUGACAGAUGAUGUUUGAUGCUCAGUAUUGCAGCCUGGAUGAGGAACUGCUCACAGCAUGCAUGGAAUAUUUGAUCCUGGCCAGCAGCCCAGCCAGCACAUUUGGCAUGGUGCCAGCCCUGCUGGUGCCUUUCAUGGAGCACCUGAUUCAUGAUGCAACAGAUGCCUUGGCACAACUGGGUGAUGUAGAGGUGAAAUGCCAGGGUAAGGUAAGACCUGUCAAAACCCACCAAAGGAGAAGAAAUGAGUAGCCUCAGGCCAAGCAGGGCCAACCCCACAGGGACAGAUAUUUGAUCUGUUGAAGGUAAGCCUAUGCUAUAUCUGGGCAGAUCUGAUAACAGCUGAUAAGGUAGAUGGGCAGCCCUUAGAUGUGUUGUUGUCUCUGUGGAAGCUAUUGUGCCCUGACCAGCAAUACCGGCCUAUGGGCCCAAAUGUCAAGAUGACUCCAGUAAAACAGGAUGAAAUGAUGCUGGCAGCUUUUUAUCCAGACUAGGAGACAGGCCAAGGAACCUGGUCACUAGGGAUCCGGAGAGACUGGAGGCCACGUGUGGAAUUAACUACUGGUCCCCCCAAAAUGUACAGCGUGUGCUGGCAUUGGUGGAUACUAGAGCAGAGUCAAUGCUGACCCAUGGUAACCCAGACCAGGACCCACUGCAUGCAAAGAAAGGUUUAGAGGUCACUAUAUCAUGGUCUGGAAGACCAAGGUGAUCUUGGGUAUUGGGCAUUUGGCCCCUGUGACGGUGCCAGCCGUCAAUAGUUGAACAGUACCUGAGAGGAGGGAAGAGGAUGAAAGAAAAACACAACCUCUGAGGAAAAGAAAAAGC